AUGCCGGAACUUAUUAAUGCAAACCCGACAAUUUAUAUUCCUUCAAAAACUUCUCAUAGAGUCAUAACAGCUAAAGAUGAAGACGAAAAUAUUGAAGAUAUAAUAGACUCUCAGGAAGUAUUCGACUUGAUAAGAUCAAUUUCAGAUCCUGAACAUCCACUCACUCUUGAAGAAUUAAACGUGACUCAACUUGAGCACGUCUUAGUUGAUGAUGAUAAGGAUCGUGUUAAAAUAGAAUUUACUCCUACUAUACCACAUUGUUCCAUGGCUACUCUCAUCGGUUUAUGUAUACGAGUAAGAUUACUUCGUUCCUUACCUGAGCGUUUUAAAGUUGAUAUUAACGUCAGAAAAGGAACUCAUCAAUCUGAACAAGCAGUUAACAAACAAUUGAACGAUAAAGAACGUGUUGCCGCUGCUCUUGAAAAUGCUCAUUUACUUGAAGUUGUAAAUCAAUGUUUGACCACCGCUCAUUCUCGUAGUAUUAAACUUCGUCAAUGA